UACCUUACAUUAAAAAACUUUUCUGCAGAAUUAUCUGCUUGUGUGUUGUCAUUUUUGUUUAGACUAACAAAUGCUUUGUUCGUUCUAUUUACAACAGCUUUUAUGUUGCAUCCCUAAAGGAGCUUACAUUUUACCAUUAAAAUUUUAGAAAUAAGGGCAAUAAAGCCUGGAUUUGUUUGAAAAAACGAUUGUUCAAUUUUUUUUUUUUAGAUUUAGAAAAUUAAUGUGUCUUAUUCUACCAGGUGUUAACUUUUUUCGUCGAAAUUUAUCAUCAAUCAAUGGACUAAAAGUUCUUUUUUUUGGAACUGACGACUUUGGCGUUUCAAUAUUAGAUGCGUUAAACAAGUUAAGGACAACAUCAAGUAAAAUUGUUCAAUUGGAUGUGGUUGCUAGCACAAGGGUACAACUUGUCAAUAGACAAAAUAAAGUAAUACUUCCACCAGUACUACAGUAUGCUGAAGAUCAUCAACUGCGUGAUAUAUGUUGGAAAACAGCAAAAGUUGAGCGAAGUUUUGAUGAUUUCUAUGAUCUAGCAGUGGUUGCAUCAUUUGGUGAUUUUAUCCCAUCGUCCUUCAUCUCCAUGUUUUCAAGAGGAGCUAUAAAUAUCCAUCCUUCUUUGCUACCACGAUGGAGAGGUCCAGCCCCACUUGUACACACCUUGUUAGCAGCAGAUGAACAGACUGGCGUUUCAGUGAUUGAACUUUCAAAGAAAAAGUUCGAUGUUGGAAGAAUUCUACAUCAAGAAAAAAUUCAGGUACCUAAUCAAUGCACAUAUGAACAGCUGUUUACUUGCUUAUCCAAACUGUCAGCUGACUUAAUACCUUAUGUUGUGGAUAAUCUUGAUGAUUUAUUAAAGAAUGCAACGGAACAGAACGAAGCCUUCGCUACGCACGCUCCGAAAGUUGACAAAAAAUCUGGUCGUAUAAAUUUCAAAUGUCAUAAAUGUGCAGAUACUGAUAGGAUGCAAAGAGCUUUGCCGAAAAAGCUUGGUCUGAGCUCAUAUUGGAACGGUAUGCAAAUUAAAAUCGGUAAUAUCAUCAGGAUGGAUGCUCAAACUGACAACGAUUCAGUUGUAACCGGUACUUGCAGAUAUGACAAAAAGUCAAAUUCACUUGCUCUCAAGAUGAAGGAUGGCUGGAUAUACUUUGAGUCAGUUAAAGUUCAAAACAGGAAAAAAAUUUCAGCCAGAAGUUUUUAUAAUGGUUAUAUCGUGAACAAAAACACUCGUGAUGAAAACGAAAUCAAAUUUGAAAAUUUUCAAACUGACUAAAAGGGGGGAAAAUGCAGUAAUUUAUAUGAAUUGGCUUUUUCGUAUUACUUUUGGCGCGUGUGCUUAUUUUUAUUUAUUUACGCAAAAAAGUUCGUUUGUGCGCAAAAUUUGUUACAAAACUUACUUUUUGGGUGAGAAUUAUUACGUAGGAAAAGAAAAAAAUCUUUUUGUGAAAGGACGCUAUAAAACGUAUAUCUACAAUAUCUUGUGUCUAAAUCCCUGAAUUCUUUGCUAUUCUUUUUAUUAUUUCAGGGAAUUUAAAUUUGCGAGAAAAUAAAUACAUUCAAUGAUUUGUACAAAUAAAGUAAACAAAUUAUUUAUGUGUCAAGAAAGAAGAAAAAGUACAGUUUUAUACAUUUAUCAGUUUUUCUAUUCUGAGCGUAUAUAACUAACAACAUAAAUUUUCUUUUACCCAGCAUAUCAUAUAUACAUAUAAAAACAGCUUUAAAGUUUCCCAACAUAAAUAUACAUAUAGCAUCUAAUAAAAAAUAAAUAUUUACAUUUGUAAAAAAUAUGUUCAAUUUUUAAAUAUGUGAUAAAAUUCACAUAUGUGUGACAAGCUCAUUUAAAAUUGCUGGAUAAUUUUGGUCCACUUGAAUAGCAGGAAAUUCUAUCGUUCUUUCUCCCUUCCCGAUCCUAACAAUAGCGAAAUUCUGCGAUGCUGACUUUUCUUUUCCAGGUUUUUGAUGUAAGGAUAAUUCUGGAAAUAGUUUGUCAGCCAAAGCGUCGACUAUACAUGGAUCAUCGUUUUUAUCUCUAGCUGGCGGUGGUGGUAUUCGCUCCAAGUGGUUCUUUUUCGGUCUAAACGCAAAUAAAUUUUUCUUAUUUUGACGUUUUUUAGUAAGAUUUCAACGAAAACAGUAAAAUAAACGAUAAAUUCGUCAUUCUAGUCAAACUUUCUCCACACCUGUAUGUAUUCAAGUACUAAGGUGCUUAUAAACAGGUUUCUUACAAACAUACAAAAACAAAUCAACAAACAUGUGUUGAUUAAGUGCGACGUACCUCCCUCUACGAACAAUUAAUCUUUCAUCAACUUUAUUUUCAAGACUAUCAAAUAAACUAAACAAAAGUUCGGUGUUUGGUGCAGAUUUCAUCUCCCAUUUCUUCUUAUGGCGUGGGGAAUGUCCAGGAGAUUGUUUUCUUUCAUCAGGCGGCGUUACAGGGCGGAUAUUUAACACCUCUUGAUUGCUAUUGCUUUCCUCUGAUGAGAAAAGCGGUGGAAGUACUGAGUAGUGAUUUCCAGCCAAUGAACUUGUGUGAACAGAUUUUGGUUCUUUCCAAAAGGAUUCGGGUAAUGCUCUUAAUUUCAUAGGAAGUGGACCUAAAAUGUGUUUAGAAAUUACGAUUAAUUUACGUUUUUUAUAAGCAACUGUAUAUGUCCGUUUUAGCUUUAAAUUUUCUAAGCGUGUAUUCAAAUUUCACAAAAUUUCUGACCACUUGUUCUAUGUUAUUACUUCUUAGAACAAACUUUUCAUUUUUUUUAAGAAACUACUUUGCAGGCUUGCUCGUCAGAUUACAUUUUUUUAUGCGCAACUAAGAAAUUUAGUCAGAUUUCACGUUGUUUAUUUUGAAACAAUAUCUGACAUUUGGUUACUUAAUUCUAUUCAAAUAAUUUUCCUAAUUUAUGUAGGAAGAAAAAGAAAAAAAGAGGUCUUAUUUUUAUUAAAGGAAGUUAAAAAUAAAGUGUGCUGCAAAGAAGUUAUCGUAGUUUUUUUUUCUUGGAGUUUUAUUUUUCUUUAAAAGCCUGACUCUUUCUAUUUUGUGUUACUUGUGCAUAUACGUACGCAAAAAUGGGCAAAAGUGCGUAGCUACGAAUAUACACUACGUAAAAAAGAGGAAUCUGUAGCGAAAAUUUUAUAGGUUUGAAAAGCUUCUGACUUACCUCUUGUGCUUCUGAUUUUUUCUCCUCCCAGAAGUGGAUCGCUUAAUUUCUUUAAAAGUUUAUCAUUUUUUUUUAAGUUUUUCCCUUUCGAACCUAACGGUUUUAAUUUUUCUGGUAAGGGAAGAAGUGGUUCUAAGUUCUGUGGUUUUCUAUGUAAUACAGGUUGUGUGAUUGGUUGAGAGUUUAAUAUCCUCUUUCUUCUCCAUUGUCUUGCUUGCUCUCUGCUAAAAGUUGUUACUUUCCCGCUAUUUUCUUCAGAAACUUUUCCAGAUUUGCUUUCAUUCUUUUGUGGUACAUGCUGCGAACUAUCUGACAGAUUUUCAAUCGGUACAAACUUUUCUAUAUUGCUGUCGAUGCAGUUAUUGUCUAAUUUUUCGGAAAGUUCUCCAAAGUUUUCAUUGCUUAGAUCAAGUUCUAACUCGUAAUCAAAAUCAAGCGUCUCUUCAUCUGGCAACACAUCUGAAGCGUCCGCCACCAGA